UUACUGCGCGGGUCAUUAUCGCGGAAAAUUCGAAGGAUGAGAAGUUUAAGUCAAUGAACUUUGUUAAACGCAAAGUACAAUUUACUUAAUUACUAUUAUAAAACAUCAACCAUCAAACUACAAAUGAAAAACUAAGAACUAUCAUACAAAAAAAGACAAAACAAUCAAGGACAUCGUAUACUUCAUGUGCUUCAGACUUCAGAUAUUUGUGCAGAGAUCUCUGGUUUGUGAAACUCUUCGGGUGUACACCAACAGACUUUCCAUAAUUAUUAACGAUUUUUAUUGAUCUUUACUAGAGAUGGCUUCCAAUUUGAAAGAUGAAGAGAUGCAACUAAACUCCAUUUCUCUUGAAGAAACUGUUUUAGUGUACCUCUUGGAUAUAAUCAAAGAAUGUGACGCGGCAGGAGUGAAGCUGGCAGGGCUAUAUAUGCUGAAAGAAGUUAUGAGCCGCACAUUUUCACCCGUCCUCGCAGCUUUCUGCUGCCAAAAGGGGCUGCUGUCAACAUUGACUAAUAUCUUGGCCAAAGAGUUUGAUCCAUACGAUGAACAGAAUGAUAUUCUCUUGUACAGGCUUUCGGCUGAGAUUUUGUGGACGAUUUCAUCACAGCUUCUAGAGGACCCAGAAAAAUUGAGCAACCGCAGCUUAGUAUGCUGUCUUGUGGAAUUUCUUGAUGUGAAGUCAAAGUUUUACCAAUUCUCACCAGAAUUUAUUAAAAUUCUAAAUGCUUUUCAGAACAAACUUUUCAUCUGCAAAGGCAUCCAGGCAGUUGAGGCUACACUUGCAAUGCUAGAAGAGAUCAAAUGCUAUACCGACAGUCUGGUACAGAUCGGUGAGACUCUUAGGAUCUUCAAAUGUGACCUAAAUCUUCUAUCAGUUGAAGAUAAUACAACUCCACUGUCAGAAAUUUUAAUCAAAGAAGGAUUGGCUUGGCCUCAGUGUAUUUCUUUGCAAAACGAAUCUACUACUGCUUCAGGAUCUGGCCUACUGAAGUUACCUCUACCCUUGGCCACUGAUGAAAUCAAAUCAUCUCCUGCUAUGUCAUUGCUUUAUGGUAUUAAUGGAGAAAUAUCAGAAAUGACAAAUAUUUAUGUGUUACACAUCAUUGGUGGAAAUUAUUUCUGGGCUCUGAUUGGAGAUGAGUCUCACAAAUUUCUUAGCUCCAUAUCUUCUCAUCUUCAAGAGACAUUACCAAAACUCACCAACGUAACACCCAAAAAAGGUGACAUUGUUGUUGCCACAGUAGAUGUUACACACAUAAACACAAACGGCAUUGUCCGUGCUUGUGUGCUGGAUUUCUGCAACAGCGAGGUCAAAGUUUUUGCAAUUGAUUAUGGUUUCAUUACAACAGUUGAUGCAUGUCAAGUGUUCAGAAUAGACAGCAGUUCUGAAGUAAACAGUUUUCCACCUCUGGCACAGCUAUGCUGUUUAUCAGGCUUACAAGCUCCACCAGCUGAUCCAGCAACUGUUGAAUUGGUCCUUACCACUCUAAUUAACAUGACAAAAGCCUUAGUUGAAACAGGCAAAAUGCUUCACCAGACAGGAGGAAUGGCUCACUUACUCUCACUGCUACGCUGUGGUCAUCAUAGCAUCCUAGCGCAAGUGGUGUGGCUUUUAUCCAACCUGGCCUACAGGUUGCGCAGACAGGUGGACCUAAGCAUUUUUAUCAAACCUUUGAUAGAUCUGCUAUCUGACUUGAUGUCCGUAAAAGAUCAUCAAAGAAAAGUAGUAUUGGGCUGCCUUUCUGCUCUUAACAACAUUAUCAUCUUUACCCAGGAAAAUAGGGACAUCUUUUUCGAUUGUGGAGGUCAGCUGGUGGUGUUAAAGCUAAUGGGACUGCACAAGCAUUUGAAACCUGUUAGGCAUGGUUGUGCCAUCCUCUUAAGAGCAUGCUACCCAGGGCUAAUGAAUGCAGUUUCCAGUGAGACCAUUGAGGCCAUGAGCGUUAGCAACCCCAGUGUCAAGGAAGAUCUGCAUAGCUGGGCCAAACCCAAAGCCACAGGAAAUACUCAAAGGAGCGAAGAAAGAGAAUUGUCGGAAAAGGAAGAGAUAGAUCAACUUCUGAGGCAGAAUUCUACAAGUGAUCUGUUAUCAUAUGCUGGAGAUGAAGAUGAAGAUGAAGAGGAAACCAAUUUUUCGUCACAGAGGGACAGUGAUGAAAGAAAAGAUGCUGAGAAGCUGACAUUAUCUCCAGGUCUGAAAGAAAAAAUCCUGAUAGUGGAUGGCACUUCACUUUGUGAAACAAACAAAAAGUUUUUUGAGUUAGAUUCCUGCUUGCCAUACAGGGAUGAUAUCACGCACCAUAUCAUUGAAGCUCAAUGCUUUCAGGAGAUUUCAAGACAGAUGUUAGCUGAGAUAAUGUGUGGAAUGCUCAACAGUGGUCAUGGUGGCUCCCUCUAUUUUGGGUUGACCAAAGAAGGUCAUGUGAAGGGCAUCAAGGGCAAUAGAGAUGAGAGAGAUAAAUUCCGCCUUGGCCUUGACGAGAUGAUGAAUAAAACUUUGAACCCACCUGUCUUGCACACCCAACUUGAGGUUAUCUAUAUACCUGUCAGUCAGACAUUCGGCAACAGCCACCCAGUGCUGUGUAUUGACCUCUUUGUGAUUGAGAUAAUCAUCAAGUCUGUCAAGGAUGUGGUCUACAUAACUAGAGAUGGCAAGUAUUUCUACAGGUUUGGACCAAACACUACAGAACUGACAGCUCAGGAACUUCGGGAGCUGGUAGUGUGUGAAGAAGAAGAGAACUACAAAGAAGAAUUACUGCAACUUUGUCAGGAACUUGAGACCCUACAACAUGAACUUACAUGACUGUUGUUAAUGAUUUCAUAACAACAUUUUCAUCAGUUUAUUUUGCUUAUGUUGAGUUUCAGUAUUAAGAUGCAAUCAGAUAUGCCAGCUGUCGCGUAACGCGAUCGGGCGUCACGGGACUUGCUCUCUCACAGACACACUCGCAAUCUCACAGACAAACUUCCACGCGCCCGACGCGAGCCACGAAGCCAACCACUCCUCAGUGGACACAAAACACGCACACGAAGCUACAACACAAAACUAAAGUUUAUUGGCGGUCGCAGAGUGCGAUCACCAACUCAAAAAGAUAAGGAAGACAGAAAAGAAAAAAAAACCCAUUAUCCAUUUGCCAAACAAAACAAAUAGGGGAGAGCCCCGCCAUUAACUAAAAAAAAAAAAAAGAACAAGGAAAUCAGACACACCCACGAACGUCUAAACACGCCCCUCUAACUAAUGGUGCUCGCGUGGUCCGACGCUGCACACAACUUUCAUCGCAGUUUACAGGUUAUUCCCCUCUUCCAGGCCACUGCCUGAGACGCUCACUGCCACAGAUCAGUUACGGCGUCACGCCCUCUGCUAUUGUCAAGCACACAGUCCGUCCUCGCGACUCGAGCCUCGGGGCUUGGCCAACAGUCCGCUGACACUUCAGCGCAGGUCUGGUCACACGGAGGUGGUUAACGGCGCUCCGUCCUCAGUUUGCUGACUGACGGCAGUCUGUUAAUCCUUCGCCUAUGUGUUAACCUUUCACUCCGACUGAUUGAGUGACCGGGUGAUUGAGCCUGCAGAAAAUGAUGUACAUGAACAACACACUCUACGGUCAUGCAUAUAUAAUCACAAAGCUGGCCUCUCAAGCGUCUCUUGUACCAUUCCAUCAACAGCGUGAUUGUCUGCUACGACAGGCGCGAAACCUUAUCUACACAGAGAAAAUACCCUAAAACAGUCUUAGUCGCUAAACACAUCAUUACAACACAAAUAAAAAUCCCCCAUGAUACAGACUCAGCACAUAAUUAAGUCUUCCCCUCCCCACAUACGCCUAUACAGAGAUCUCUCAGCCUCAGUCGCUCACGCACUUUGCACACUUGCACACCGGCCGGCCAGCCACUAGCUUGAAAAACGGCGACAGGAAGUUCCAAUUACUCACCUAAUCGGCCCAUGACGCGUUAUUUCUGCCGCACGUAGAAAACGCAGGAGAAAAAGAAACUUCUGCCAAGACCACACACCACUCCAGGGAAUGCACCAACAGCAGAGUCCCGAGCACACUCGUGUCUCCCGGCACCGAAGCUUUCCUAGUUCUGCCCACCCGACCCUGGGCUUCUAAACCAAAAGUCCCGGUCUAAUCUUGGGGAGAGGAAAACUCUGGGGAGGCUGCUGGUAUUUGUGCUGAAGUUUUAUGUUGAUGUAGAAGACAUGUGAUAACUAGUGCUGGGUAAGGCCGGAUUAGGUCUAAAGUAUUAUCAUAGGAUUUGUUAUUUGUUAUUCGUUAAAUACCGUUAAUAAACUUGCAUUUGCUGGUAUUUGUGCUGAAGUUUUAUGUUGAUGUAGAAGACAUGUGAUAACUAGUGCUGGGUAAGGCCGGAUUAGGUCUAAAGUAUUGUAGGAUUUGUUAUUUGUUAUUCGUUAAAUACCGUUAAUAAACUUGCAUUUGCUGGUAUUUGUGCUGAAGUUUUAUGUUGAUGUAGAAGACAGUACGUGAUAACUAGUGCUGGGUAAGGCCGGAUUAGGUCUAAAGUAUUAUCAUAUGAUUUGUUAUUUGUUAUUCGUUAAAUACCGUUAAUAAACUUGCAUUUGAA